GGGGCCGGGCCGCUCCAGGCGCUUCCAGCCGACCCCGCCAGGGGCCCCGGCACCUCCCGCGCCCGCCGCCCGACGGGACGCUGGCGGAAGGGGGCGGGGGCAUGACCGACUGUCUGGUUCUCCGAGUGGACAAUAAAGUUUCGAAAGUUUGAAAAAGGAGGAGAAAAAACCCCCCCACGCCCCUUCGGCUACCCUGGUGUGGACGCCUGCGGCCUGGCACACACAGAGCUCCAGCAGCAGUGUGCUCGCGGAGGCGUGCUCGGCGCGCCGGAAUGGGGGUCACCGUGGACGUGCACGAGGUGUUCAAGUACCCCUUCGAGCAGGUGGUCGCCAGCUUCCUCCGAAAGAAAAUUAGGCACGACGGGAAGAAGGUGCAGACAGGAAGAGCGUGGGCUCUGGCAUCAGCCAGGUGUCGGGGUGCUUCUAGCUGUUAUCCAAACCCCAUGGAUAAAAAUGUCAUCUCUGUAAAAAUUGUGGAGGAAAAAAAAGAUGUGUCAACAGGGAUCAUCUAUAGAAAGAGGAUUGCAGUCUGUCAGAAUGUGGUUCCAGAAAUUUUAAGGAAGCACUCUGGUGAUUGUUGGAAAAAGGUGAACAUUUUAAAGGUACCUAAUGUCCAGUUAGAAGAGGAAUCAUGGUUCAAUCCGCAGGAAAGGAACAUGGCUAUAAGGAGUCACUGCCUUACAUGGACACAAUAUGCAUCCAUGAAGGAAGAGUCUGUCUUCCGGGAAAGUAUGGAAAAUCCAAAUUGGACAGAGUUCAUUCAAAAAGGCAGGAUUUCAAUUACAGGGGCUGGUUUUCUCAACUGCGUUCUGGAAACGUUUGCCAGCACAUUUUUAAGACAGGGUGCCCAGAAGGGAAUUAGAAUAAUGGAGAUGCUGUUAAAGGAACAGUGUGGUGCCCCCUUAGCUGAAUAAAGAGUCAUCAGGAAGCUGUGUUGUGUCUACUUUUGCUCGAGAAUCUUUUCUCGGACACAACACAUCCAAAGACACAGUUUUCGAAAUACAGGUAUAAGAAUGCGGUGUUGGCAGCUUACAGAAGAGGAAACCUUUCUGCCGGGAUAUGACAUGAUACACUCCCCCUUUGAGCCGACCUCAAAUAGCGGCUCUCGUGGAGCUGAGACCUUCUGGCUGAUUCUUAUGGCAUAAUCUCUACGAUUUUACAAAUAAAGGAAAAAUCCCAUAGAAGGUGAUGUCUGCCCUUCUUCAGGAUGUCCUGCUGAUUGCCUGGUGGCAGUGUUGGGGCAGCCAAGGAUGGGCCAGAGGCAUGGAAAAUGCUGCUUUUGCCUGUUUGUUCUCUACAUCAUUGCUCAUAGGAUUCAUGAGAGGAUUCUGGGAUGAAUAAAGGACUUAAACCUGAUACCUGAUUCUUAGGUGGCCUGGAACAGACAGGAAUAUACCAUACCUGUGUUGAAGUUAAGCCAUAUUCACAGUAAUGUUGAAGAUUCUCAGAAAUCAGGAGCAUUUGAUUUCUACCCAUCAGUACUACAUAACUGCCAUCAGCUAGCUUGUAUAAUAUAACACAUGAACUGUGAUUGGUCCUUAAAAGAACCUGGGGGGUGGGGAGACAGGCUAUCAUCUUGGCUCCUUCUAGCUCAUUCUGGGAUGUGGAGCAGAUUAUGUGACCUGUCUGUUUUUCAUUGGGCAAAUGGGGAUAAUUGGGCACAGAUCUUUCUACUUGUGAUGAUUAAACAAGGUUGUUUGGUAUGAAAAGCACAGGUUUGGGAGUCAGACGGACUCCGGUUUGAAUCUGAGCAGGACCACACAGCAGCUCGGUGAUUAUGUAUGUAAUUUAAAAUCUUUCUUAAAGAUCUUUCCUAGAUUCAUUUUUUAGGUUUGUAAAAUGGGAUUAUAGAGUUAACCUUAUGAGGCUGUUGGAACAAUUGGAGAUCAUGUGAUAAAGUGCCUAGCAUGCUAUCUGGUACACAGAAGUAAAUAGAAGCUAUUAUUAGUACAUGAAACCAUUUUGGAAAUAUACUUUUCUAACCUAAGGUAAUGUAGUAUUGUUUGAAAAUUAGGUGACGGUAGUUUGCAUUCCCCAUGAUCCGAAGCCAAAAUGUAAAUGCACACUACCUAAAUGAAAGCUUGAAGAGGGGCAAUAAUUUGGAAUUCAUUGUCUUAAGAUAAAACAAGUUGGGCCAUUACUGGAAAGUCUUGGGGAAAUUAUUAUUAUUUUUUAAUAUUUGAAAAAUUUUCCAUUUAGUGAAUUGAUGAAUUUCAAAGCAAUUGUUUUUUUUACAUUUCUUUUUCUUUUUUUAAAUUUUAAUACAAGCCUGCCACUGUGAGCUCCUCUUAUCGCAUUUGAGCUGUUUGUACUGCCUGAGUUUUGUGUCUUAGGAUAAUUUCCCUUCAUUUCCUUAGUGUUUCAUUCUUCAGUUGCGUUGGAGGGAAAAUGAAUGGUAGAAACCAGAACACAGUUUGACCUUUUUCCAGUUUGUAAACGGCAGUUGGUAGGCUUUUGGAAUAAGAGCUCAUUUACACAAAUAAAAGGUGAUGUGAAUUAUCACAGAGGUGAGAGGCGAGAAAUCUGUACUUGGAGGUUGACGUUAGAAUAAAUGUAAUUCUGGGAGUUCCCUGGUGGCCUGAGGGUUAGGGCUCCGAGCUUUCACUGCCAGGGUCCGGGUUCAAUCACUGGUCGGGGAACUGAGAUCCCGCAAGUCUCCUGGCGCAGCCAAAGAAAAAAAAAGAAAGAAUAAAUGUAACCCUUCAUACUCAACAACUUGCAUUCUGUGAAAGCAGGAGUUCUCAACCUUGACUGUCCAUUAGAAACACCUGGGAGCUUUCUGCGCUCCUGCUGCCUACGUUACAUCUCCGACCAAUAAGUCAGAAUCUCUGGGGGUGGAACCCAGUCAGCAGUAUUUUUUAAAGCUCCCUAGGUGAUUCCAAUGGCCAGUGAACACUACAAUCUGGGUGAUAUGCAGAUAUUAUCUGAUUCCUUUCUUCACACCUCCGAGGUAGGAAAGUAUCUUUGUAGUAAGAAUUAUUGUUAGAGUGAAGCAGAGAGAGGCUGAUUUUUUGCCUUAAUUCCUUGAAGCUGGCAUGGCCAAUGCAAACGCCUGCAGGGGUCUGGCAGGUGAUCCGAUGUGUGCAGCAGGCUGGCGGCCACUGGGGAGACCCCAGGAGUACGUGGCUGUGGUGAAAGGUGGGCAGCUGCUGCCCGGCUCCAGCACGGUGUUGCCAAGUGUCUGGUUUUUCUAGUUCUUCCAAUUUCCAAUUUUCCAGGAAAAGAUAGUAUUAAAAAAAAAAAGAAAGAAAUCACCCAAUUUUUAUGUGUUGGCAACGAAUUCAUAAUUGUUUAAAACAUUGUGCCAACCAAACAAAACAUGUUUGCCAGUAGUUUCCAGCCUUUGCUUCAAGAGUGUUAAGGACCAGCUUAAACAUCUCAGCCAACUUUUAAGAGAUUUGCGUUUCCCUAUUCUGGUUGUAAGCUGCUUUCUGCCUCUCCUCCAAGACUGCUUUUACAUGUGUUUUCCUCCCCAUUCCCAGGCAAUCCUCUGAACUUGCAUCAGACACUUAUCCUCAGUUUUGUUUUUUUUUUUCCCCUGCGGGCAUCCAUUACUUCAGGUUUCACAUAUAUGGCUUAGAAAUCGUAUGCUCCUUUUAAAAUUAGUUAGGGCUUGUUAAACUUUUUUAUUAUGUGUCAGAAUCUUCUUCCUGUGAUAAAACAUUUAGAAGUCCACAUGUAAUUUGAUUAUCUAUAAAAUGUCAAAACCGGGAGUAUAGCCUUAACUUGGGUACAUUAGGAACAAGGGUGGGAAGGGUUAAUUCACAGACCUGGCCAGUCUCCUCCUGACUGGGUUGCUGAAUCUACACACGAAGGUGCGGAUGUAUUACAGUGAUUCCCAGGCUUCUACUUGUACCAGAAAUCCUUGGGUAGGUGGGCUCAACUGCAGGUUCCCAGGGCCUCCCCCAGAGAUUCUGAUUCAUGGAAUUUCAUUUGGGACUCGGGGAUCUGCAUUUUAAAACAAGUUCACCAGGAUUCUUGGUUGUGCUGUUUCGCAGACCAGAUUUUGAGAAACAGUGAUUUAGGGGAGGUGUUGGUGCCCUCUGUGUCUUCUAUCACUUAAGAAGGGUUUAUAGUCAGUUGGGCCCACGGAUCAAUACAGCUGAUCACUCAGGACACAAUAUAAAGUUCUCAUGCACAGAGAAGCUGACUGAGGCUAUCCCUACGUGAUUGAGGUGCUUUUACCAUGAACGGGCUUUUAUGGUUUCAAUCGUGGGGAUAAAAAAAGGUGCUAUAUUCUUUUGAUAUAAAUUGCUUUGUGUAUUUUAUAAGCAGUACCUGUGUAGUAAUAUCCCAUUUAUUCAGACAUCGUGGGUGCAUGGUAUAGCUGACUCAAGGUUAUUCUUUUAAGUCUCACAUCUUUUUUGCUCUAUUUCUGCCAUUUACACAGCACUCUUUUUUUUUCACAUCUUCAUUGGAAUAUAAAUGCUUUACAAUGUUGUGUUAGUCUCUGCUGUACAACAAAGUGAAUCAGUUAUAUGUAUACAUAUAUCCCCAUAUCGCCUCCCUCUUGAGCCUCCUCCUAAUUUAGUAUACAUUUCCCUGCUUUUGCAAACAGAAUCUACUGAAGAUAAUGAAAUCAUUUCAGAGUCAUCAUUUAUGUUUUGAAUUCUUUCAGGUCCUAUUUAGGUUUGUUAAAGCCCCUCCACUGAAUGGCUCUGCUCUUUGAGUUUUGCCAUGGUUUUCAUAGUUUCUUCUUUUCUGUCACUGUUCCCUGUCGUUUCUCUCCUCCUUAACUCUGCCUGUCUCUAGGAACUUUGCUCUCCUUUACUAUAUGGAGUUGGGAAUUGCUGUAAUUGCAUACUGUGUCAAGUAACAGUAAACAGGAGCUGAGUGAGUCUUUGGGAGGCUUUUUUUAGCAGUGAAAUGGAUGAACGUUGCUGCAUUGACUUGGUGACAUUAUUUUAGUGGCUCUGCUACUUCCUCUAACUUACUUCCUCAUCCUCGACUGCAGUUGUCAGAUCUGUGACCUCAAGAUAACUGAGAUAUUGCUACAAAUGAUUUACUUAGAUCUGUAAGCUGUUGUCUCCCCAGCUGUGUUAGUGUUUUUAUAUGUCCAGUUCUAUAAUGUGAAACGUAAGUAGAUUACAAGUGAACAUUUCUGUGCCAAGUUUCUGUGCAGGAUAAAGUGUUUUUGAUUCAGUGUUAUUGUGAUUUAGAGCUAUAAAUUAGUUGCAUACCUGUGAAAUUCAAUCCUGCCGUCAUUCUGAAAUAAAGGUGUCACAACUAA